GUUUGGGAGUGUGCAAGUAACAAUCUCGGCUCGGAGGCUGCGCGGAGCAUUUUACUACCGAGACAAGACCGAGAAGAGGGAGCCAGGGGAGCAGGAGUCAGGACACACGCUUGGCUUCGACUGUGAAGCCAUUCCGGACUUGGGUUCAUUCCUUUAGGAUUGUUUUUUUUUUUUUUUUUUUUUUUUUAAUUAUUAUUAUAUACACACGGAUUUCCGCCUGUCAAAAUCUGAUAGCAGCAAGGCCUCUUAAUAGUAACUGGAUUUAAUCUACUCCCGACUGGAUUAUCACUUUGGAGCGAACCGAAUUAAAUCAAACGAUUGCACCUGUUUGUUGAUACCCCCCAACCCCCGCCGAGAGGUGCAACGAGGACUGUGUCUGGACAGCACCGAACCGACACCGAGACCAUAGCCCAGCCGAGAAGUUGUGCAUCUUGACGUGGGGGGUGGGGGGAGAAAUCUGCCAACAUGCCGCUCGCACAGAUCGCCGAGCCGUGGCCCACCAUGGAACUAGUCCAGCUGGAAACUGAGAAUGGCCAGAGCACUGCUGAGGAUGGAGUCACAUCUGCUGUCAAGGACGAUGACGAAAUCAAGGAAAUCAACAUCACUCAUGUGGUCAAAGAGGGUUCGGAAAAAGCAGACGCUUCUCACUUUGAACUGCUCAAAGUGUUGGGUCAAGGCUCUUUUGGGAAGGUGUUCCUGGUGCGCAAGGUGACCCCUCCUGAUGACAAUCAGCUCUAUGCCAUGAAGGUCCUCAAGAAGGCCACACUCAAGGUGAGAGAUCGUGUGAGGACCAAGAUGGAGAGAAACAUCCUGGCUGAUGUCAACCACCCGUUCAUUGUCAAGCUACACUACGCUUUCCAGACUGAAGGCAAACUCUACUUGAUCCUUGACUUCCUCCGGGGAGGCGAUCUCUUCACCCGCCUGUCUAAAGAGGUGAUGUUCACAGAGGAGGAUGUCAAGUUUUACCUUGCAGAACUGGCGCUGGGCCUUGACCACCUCCACAGCUUCGGCAUUAUGUACAGAGACCUGAAGCCUGAAAACAUUCUCCUGGAUGAGGAAGGCCACAUCAAACUCACAGAUUUUGGUCUGUGCAAAGAAGGCAUUGACCACCAUGAGAAGGCCUACUCCUUCUGUGGCACUGUGGAGUACAUGGCACCUGAGGUGGUCAACAGGGGAGGACACACCCACAGCGCCGACUGGUGGUCAUUUGGAGUACUGAUGUUUGAAAUGUUGACUGGAUCGUUGCCCUUUCAUGGGAAAGAUCGCAAAGAAACGAUGAACAUGAUUCUCAAGGCGCGUCUGGGAAUGCCUCAGUUCCUCAGCGCAGAGGCACAGUCUCUGCUCAGGGCUCUGUUCAAGAGGAACCCCGCCAACAGACUGGGAUCGGGUCCAGACGGAGCAGAGGAGAUCAAACGUCAUGGAUGGUUUUCCAACAUUGACUGGAAUAAACUGUUCCGCAGAGAAGUAAAACCUCCAUUCAAACCGGCAGUGGCGCGUCCCGACGACACGUUCUACUUUGACUCUGAGUUCACCUCCCGCACUCCUAAAGACUCUCCUGGCGUGCCGCCUAGUGCCGGAGCUCACCAGCUCUUCCGAGGCUUUAGCUUUAUCGCGUCAAGUCUGUUGGAGGAGGAAGGUUCAUCGGAGCCUGUGCAGCCCCCGCCGCACCCUGUGGUCCAGCAGCUGCAUGGGAAGAACUUGUUGUUCAGCGAUGGCUACGUGCUGAAGGAGGACAUCGGGAUGGGCUCCUUCUCUGUGUGUAAGCGAUGUAUCCACAAGGCUACCAACACGGAAUACGCCGUCAAGAUGAUCGACAAGACCAGUACGGACCCCUCCGAGGAGAUCGAGAUCCUGCUUCGAUACGGACAGCACCCCAAUAUCAUAACGCUGAAGGAUGUGUACGACACCGGCAGGCAGGUGUUCCUGGUGACGGAGCUGAUGCGCGGAGGAGAGCUGCUAGAUCGGAUCCUCAAGCAGAAGUCCUUCUCGGAGAGGGAGGCCAGCGCUGUGCUGCACACCAUCACCAAGACUGUGGAAUACCUGCACUCGCAGGGGGUGGUGCACAGAGACCUGAAGCCCAGCAACAUCCUCUACGUGGACGAGUCGGGGAACCCGGAGUCCAUUCGGAUCUGCGACUUUGGCUUUGCCAAGCAGCUACGCGCCAACAACGGCCUGCUCAUGACCCCGUGCUACACCGCCAACUUUGUGGCUCCCGAGGUGUUGAAGCGUCAAGGAUAUGAUGAGGGCUGUGAUAUCUGGAGUUUGGGAGUUUUGCUGUACACCAUGCUGGCCGGUUUUACUCCAUUCGCCAACGGACCUGAGGACACUCCCAAUGAGAUCCUGAACAGGAUAGGCAACGGUCACUUCAGUUUGUCUGGAGGCAACUGGGACACGGUGUCCGACGCUGCUAAGGACCUAGUGUCCAAGAUGCUCCACGUGGACCCGCAUCAGAGACUGACCGCCAAGCAAGUCCUCAGGCACCUGUGGAUCGUCCAGAGAGACAAACUCCCCAACAGCCAGCUCCCACACCAGGACCCCAAACUGGUCAAGGGCGCUAUGGCGGCCACAUACUCGGCCCUGAAGAACUCGCAGCCCACCCCCGAGCUCAAGCCAAUCGAGAGCUCCUUCCUGGCACAGCGUCGUGUCAAGAAACUUCCGUCCACCUCCCUGUAGACACUCUCUGCGCAGCCUCUGCUGGGAGAAAGAACCCCACCAACCCAACCCAACCCAACCCAACCACCCACCUAACCAACCAGCUCGCUUGGGAGGGCACUACCAGCCAAGGAACACUGACCGUGACCCUGAAACCCCCCUGAAAGAACCCAUGUUGUGAUGGCUAGCUGAUCGCCAUUGUAGUGGACCAGCCAAAGAAUAUGGAUGGGGGGGGGGAGGUUUGUAAUGUGUGUGCGUGUGUGUGUGUGUAUUCCUGCAUGAUCAUCAUGCCACACAAGGCCGCUAAGCCAUCGUUGGAAGUCGUUCAGCUUGCUGCACGUUUAUCUGUCUGCUUGUUUUUGUCUGUAUGUGUAUGCUUGUGUGUGUGUGUGUGUGUGUGUGUAAAGAUGAUGAGCUUUACAUUAGCAGCUUUGCACUGCUAAAUCCCUUUGUGCCGGCAGCACAAAGGCUGCAGUACUGUCCAAAAUGCUGUUUGUUUUUUGUUUUAGUUUUUUUUCUCUUCGGGUGGGGGGGUAAUGUAAAUAAAAGAAUAUAUAAAAAUAUAUAUUUCUGCCAUAAAUGCCUCUUUUGGCUGUGGUACUGCCAGAACAUUCUGGCAAAUGUCCAUUUUUUGUUCAUGUCGAUCUUUUACAGUGUCAGUUGCAUGACUUGCAGUGUGUGCUGUUUCUUUCUCAGUUUUAUUUGACGACACAUUUCGUACACUGGUGGCGUUCUGAGAAAGAGACUCGGCAUGUUUAAACAUCUAUAUUGGCUUUGCGUUUUUCUUUUCUUUUUUCGAAUUACAUUUUGAAGCCUGUUUCCUGUGCUGGCUGCUUUCGGUGUUGAUUUUUGUCCAUGGAAAGUGUUGGUUUAAAAUGGCGCAAGACAAACUUGAACACAUUGGAUACAUGUGUUUUAAAAAAAAAAAAAAAAAAAAAAAAAGGUCUCGUGUCAAGCCUGUUUUUCUCUUCAUAUAUUGUAUUGACUAGUCACAAAAAGUUAGAAGUGUUGGGCUUUCAGGGAAAAUUUGAGGAUUAACCUAAUUUGCACUAUAUAACCUUUACAGUUGAACUUAAUUUGACCUCUAAAUUUGGGAAUGCACAGUUGUACAUGUUCACUUUUUCAUUCUUGAAGCCCUUUUUGCACAACUUGCUGUUCUCUAAAAAAGAGCUGAACUUCAAAAUCCACAACAGGCAUUUAAUCCAUUCAAAUUUCCAAGGGCCUCCACAUUGACUUUCUGUGACUCUUCCAGUCUCCCUUUGUGUUAAAAUUCACAAAAGGUUUUUGAUCCAUGAACGACAGAGCACUUUCCUGGUUCAAUUAGAAUCAUCAUGUAAACUGUCCUCUUGAUCAUGCCGUUCGCAUUUUGAUGUAAUGAGACCAAAAUGACACCCAACAAUUGAUAAACAGUACACAGGAUUAAUCUCAGAGGGAAAUGGCCACUAAAUUUAGCGUGUCAUCAGCAGGUUGCAACAGUGGGACUGGUAGAGUCGCUAAUAUUUCACCCGAAAGUCCAUAUCCCUAACUUUUUGGGGGGUGGGGGUUGUGUAUCUGUCAAGUCACUGUUUGCAAGAUCACACAGACUUUCUCUUAAGCACUGCGCUGUUUCCACUUUUGUUUUUUUGUUUUUAAUUCUCAAUGACAUCCAAGUGUACGCUUCCCAGGGUAGGUCUUGCUCUCCGCUCGGUGCCUAAAGGCCUACUUGGUGGGGAACGUGUCAAAUGUUUUGCAUAAAAGAAGGGAAGAGUUGUGUGGCUCCGUAAUUGUCCGCCCAGCUUUCUUACCUCAAAAGAGAUCAUAAAUCUCUGUCAUUUUUUUUCUUGGUGGUGGCAAAAAAAACAACCAUUGUUCCUUUGACUAAAUGUGUGGUGUGUCUUGUGUGUAUGAUAAAGAUGAAGAUUUUUAUAUCUUACAAAAUAUUAAAGAUUCAGUUGCUACAGUAAA